AUGAAUAUAGUUAUCCCAGUGGAGGGAGGCAUUCCAGGAGGCUCGGUGGUGGCCAGCAGGGCGGCGAUAGAAGGUUGCCCACUUGGACAGUUCCCCUGUGGGAAUGUGAGUGUGUGUCUGCCUCAGGCACUCCAGUGCAAUGGCUACAGAGACUGUCAGAAUGGAGCAGAUGAAGAACAUUGUGGUGAUAACAGCGGCUGGGCAGAUAUUUUUGACCGCACCAUUAAAAAGACUGAUGGGACCAAGGCCCAGGUUCUCCCCGCCGACUGCUAUCUUGUGCAGUACCCGGAGAGCUGUGACUGUGUGAAAACAGAGGUGGAGUGUGUGGAUGUGAACCUCCGCUCAGUGCCUCUCCUCUCGCCCAAUGUCACAUGGCUAUCUCUGAAGAGCAACAAGAUCAGGGAACUUCCCGACGACGUCUUCUCCAGGUACUCCGAUCUUCAGAGACUGUUUCUUCAGAACAACAGCAUCAGGUCGGUUUCCAUUCGCGCCUUUUUUGGGCUCUACAAACUCAGAAAACUAUUUCUCAGCCAGAACUACAUCACCUCGUUACGGCCCGGCGUCUUCAGUGACCUGCAGAAAUUACGUUGGCUAGUCCUGGAUCACAAUCCUCUAACAGGCAUCUCUCAUGAUACUUUUGUGGGUCUGCAGUCCUUGACUUUCCUAUCCAUGGUCAACACGUCCCUGCUGCAGCUGCCUGAGGCUUGUCUGUGCCAUCACAUGCCUGUGCUGAGCUGGCUGGAUUUUGCGGAGAACCAUGUCGCUAUGCUGAAUUAUUCCAUGCUGAUCACCUGCACUGAGCUGACAGUUCUAUCUUUGCGUGACAAUCAGAUAAAGUCUCUGCCUGAAAACACAUUUCUGUCUCUUGGGGCGCUGGCGGAACUAGAUUUGUCCUGUAACAGGAUUGCCAAGCUUCCCAGCAACACUUUUAAGAGUUUAAAAUCUCUUUUAAAACUAAAUAUAUCCCAUAAUCCACUGCUCCACAUCCAUGCCGGGCAUUUUGAUCACCUAAUCCAACUUCAGUCGCUAGGACUGGAAGGCAUUGAGAUUCCAGACAUCCAAACCAAGAUGUUUCUUCCGAUGGGCAACCUAUCCCAUAUAUACUUUAAGGAUUUUCAGUACUGCUCCUACGCGCCGCAUGUUCGGAAAUGUAAACCCAACACGGACGGGAUCUCGUCGUUCGAGGACCUGCUGGCCAGUAUAGUGCUUAGGAUUUCUGUGUGGGUCAUGGCCUUUAUCACCUGCUUUGGAAACCUCUUCGUUAUCGGCAUGCGUUCGCUCAUCCGCGCUGAGAACGACUUGCACGCGGCCUGCAUCAAGGUCCUAUGCUGUGCGGACUGUCUGAUGGGAGUCUAUCUGUUCUUCCUGGGUGUGUUUGACGUGAAAUUCCGCGGCGAGUACAACAGGAACGCUCUGCUUUGGAUGGACAGCUUGGAAUGCCGGACCAUCGGUUUCCUGGCCAUGCUGUCGUCCGAGGUCUCCGUGCUUCUGCUGACGUACCUGACUCUGGAGAAGUUCUUGGUCAUCGUGUUUCCUUUCAGCCACCUGCGUCCAGGCAAACUGCAGACCGUUGUCAUGUUGGCCUCCAUCUGGCUCCUAGGUUUCGUGAUUGCAGCCGUGCCUUUGCUCAACGAGGACCUUUUUGGCAACUACUAUGGGCGUAACGGGGUCUGUUUCCCCCUGCAUUCUGAUAGGCUGGAGAAACCCACGGCCAAAGGAUAUUCCACUGGCAUAUUCCUUGGGCUGAACCUGGUGGCAUUUUUGGUGAUAGUCUUCUCUUACUCCAGCAUGUUCUACUCCAUCUAUAAAACGGGCAUCAACGCCACAGACAUGCGCAGCCGACUGCAUAAAGAUGUGGCCGUGGCCAAUCGUUUUUUCUUUAUCGUGUUCUCUGACGCCCUCUGCUGGAUACCUAUAUUUUUGGUGAAGCUGCUCUCUCUUCUGGAAGUUGAGAUUCCAGGGACUAUAAACUCCUGGGUGGUGAUUUUCAUCUUACCCAUAAACAGUGCCCUGAACCCCAUCCUCUACACCCUCACCACCAGCUUCUUCAGAGAGCAGGUGGAGCUGCUCCUCUGUCGAUGGCAGCGCCGCUCCGCCCUGAGGAAAGAGCGCAAAAGCCUCACCAGCUCCACCAUCUACAUGGAAUCUUCCAGACACACCUUAUACCACCCCAAGGCCUACCUCCCCAGACUCUCCAUUCCCGACAUGGACGCCCGGUAUGACUGA